AACACGGACAUGGUGGGACAGAAGGACACGGGGGACACGGUGGGGACACAGCAGGGGUGGGCACAAAGGGGAUUGGGAACGAGGAGUGGACAAAACCAUGAUGGACUCAGUGCACGUAGAACACCAGCACGAGUGGCAGCCACGGGAGGGACACCAGGAUGGGGACACCCAGGGACACCCAUCCACUCACAGAAUCCCCCUCCCACCCAGCCCUGGGGUCCCUUCACAUGAAGAGAGGGGGGGGUCUGUGUGCUCCCCCACCCCUCGGAUGCUCCCAGGGCACCGAAGUCUCCCAGCCGGCGCCAGGAGGAUGCUCAGCAUCCCAGGAAAGGAGUGCCCGGUGUGGUGGAGGGGUCAUGGGGGUCCCUGCAGCUCCUCUCAAGCUGCUGCUGCUGCUGCUGCUGCUGCUGUGCCCCGUGACCCCCACAACCCCCCGAUCCCCCUGCUUGGCCGUGCCCACGGGUGACUCCCAGGACCUGGACCUGAGCAACAAAACCCACGGCUGUGCCGAGCUGGACCUGGGCCCUUUCCGCCAGAAGCGACGGCUGUGGCUGAGCCACAACGGCAUCGAGGCCCUGAGCCCCUCGUCCCAGCUCGGGCCCCAGCUGGAGGAGCUGGACCUGGGCUACAACCGCCUGCGGGAGCUGCCCGAGGGGCUCUUCGCCCACGCCACGGCCCUGCGGACCCUGAGGCUGGAGGGGAACCCCCUGCCCGCCGUGCCCCCCGCCGCCUUCCAGCCCUCCCUGAGCUCCCUGUCCGUGUCCUGCCGCUGCGACGUGGUGGGCACCGUGCUGGCCCCCUGCGCCCGCACAGCCGCCCGGUGCCGCUGCCUCAUGUCCCGCCACGAGUUCCUGAACGUCACGGAGUUCUACGACCGCGAGUGCGGGGCCAGUGCGGGGCUGGUGGGCGGCCUGGCUGGGGCGGGCGCCGCGGUGGCCACGCUGGUGGCUGUGGGUGCCGCCCUGGUGUGUUACCGGCGGAGGAGGGCGGGGGCUGCGGUGGCCGGGGCGGGGUGGGGGAAGCAGGACCCCGGUGCAGGCACCCGGCAGCCCCGGUACAUCAGCCGGGACACCGGGAGUGGCACCAACGAGGUCACCGAUGCGCCCGACUACGAGAACGUCUUCGUGAGCCCCGGCACCGCCCCGGCCACCGCGCAGGGAUGGGCACCAGCGUGGCAGGAGCAGCGGUACCAGCCCCAGGUCCCAGAGGAUGAGAAUUAUUUCCUGGAGAGAGAGGCUGAUCCCGGAGACCAGCCCAUCUACGCCAACACCCUGGGCCCCAGCGAGGACGUUUACAUCAUUCCCGACCACUGAGGGGACUGGGAGGGACUGGGGGGGAGUCGGGGAGGACACUGGGGGGACUGGGAGGGACAGGCUCUGCCCCCCACUGCCAUUCUCUCCCUGCUGUCCCCACACCCCGGAGGGGACAGGGCUCCCUGGGUUUCCCCACGGCUGGGCCGGCGACACAGGUGGUUCCCACACACGUUUCCAGUGGGAAUGCCUUUCUGUGUGUGGGGGGGUGUGGUUUUAACACCCUCCCCCCAGCCCCAAGCCCCUCCACCACCCCAGUUCCCACCACGGGGCUCAGCAGGGGCUGAGGUGACGCUUCCUCUCGGGGCCGGUGGCCACCGACCGCGGGGACGCCGCAUCCGCCGGCAGCCGGAGCCUUCCGGCUGGGAUGCACACGCAGGGCCCCCACGAGGAGCUGGGCCAGGGGGUGACCACGGCCUUGGGUUCCUCUUCCCCUUUUGGGGCCGAUGGGGAGCGUCGGGGGCCAGGCAGUUGGGCACAUCCGGGCAUGGCUGCACCACCCAUACUCGUCCUGCUCAAUCUGCCAGGGAAAAUCCCUGGUUUUAACCCUCCUGGUGAGACCCCGAGUUGGGCACCCUGAGGGGAACGGCAGCCUGGGGGGACAGGGGGACCCCCCCGUGGCUUGUCUGGGUGUCCCAUCCCUCUCCCCCUGCCCUGGCCCCUGUGAGGCUUCACCGUGCCCAUUAAAUGGUUUAAUUAUCUCUAA